GGCGGAGCAGAGCGGCGCGCCGCCUUUGUCACUCUGCGCGAAGCCCAAUCGGCCGGGAAGUGCUGCUUCUUGCGGAGCGGAUCAUCCGCCAGAGCCGUUCAACAUGUUUGGAAUGAUCAGAAAUUCCCUUUUUGGCACCGCGGAGGUUUGGCCUUGCCGAGUUCUGAACAAGGGGGAGAAGGAUGAUGUAGCCUAUGAGGAAAGGACAUACGAAGGUGGGAUGUUUGCCAGUGUUGAACUCUCUGGAAAGCCCUUUGAUGAGGCUUUACGUGAAGCAGUGCUGAAGCUUCUUAAAUAUGUUGGAGGAAGCAAUAAUCAAGGAGCUGGCAUGGGGAUGAUGGCUCCAGUGUGUAGCACAGUCUUUCCUGCAGAGGACGGCUUAUUGCAGCACAAAGUGAAAGUUCUGCUACGGAUUCCAAGCCAGUUCCAGGACAACCCCCCUUCACCGAGUGAUGAGAGCAUCCAGGUUGAGAAAAGGGAAGAAAUGGUUGUUUAUUCUACGCAGUUUGGAGGCUACGCAAAAGAAGCAGACUAUGUGAAUUAUGCAGCCAAGCUAACCUCUGCUUUAGGAAAUGAGGCAUCGUUCUGCAAAGACUUCUAUUUUUGCAAUGGUUAUGAUCCUCCCAUGAAACCUUAUGGGCGGCGCAAUGAAGUUUGGCUGUUGAAAAAGUGACCAAAUAAAAAAGCUGUCCCAAUUUCUUGAAGGAACGCUAGGAAAAAAUCCACAAAUGCCAUGGAAAGCAAUGAAAAUGAUAAAAUGAAAACUAAGACAGCUUGUUUUUGAGAUUCAUUCAGCAUUUCUUUUUAUUUUUUAAUGAGCAUAUAUUCAUAAAAUCUUUUUGUAUUUGCCAUUUAUUUCAUAAGGCAUAAAUUAUGUUUCUUGAGAUGAUUUUUCUCCUCCACAGAAUAAGAAGAAUAAAGUGCCUUCUACAAAGAACAAUAUCUUUAAGCUGCACUAAGUGAGCCAUAAGAAAUAGUUUUUUUAUUGCACCAGAACAAAUGAACAGGCCAAUUAUUGAAUUGUGGGAAGACCAAAUAUUAAUUCAAAUAAAUCCAGGUUAUCUCUUU